AUGAAGCGCUUGUUCAAAGCAUUUCCGGAGGUAAUUCUCGUGGAUGCCAUGCACGACACGAACGUGAACCGCUACAAGCUGUUCAGCUUCGUAGUGCACGACGUGUUCGGAAAGGGUCAAUAUGUCCAUCAUGCACUUGUAGACAGUGAGCACAAAGACAAUCUGCGCCGAGUGAUGGAGAUCUUCAAAGCAAACAACCCUGACUGGGCCAAAAUCCAAGUGGUGAUGACGGACAAGGCUGCUCAUGAGAAAGAAGUUCUGCGAGAAGAGCUGCCCGACGCUCAGCAACUCUUGUGUCGGUGGCAUGUGAUUACCUGGCUGAAGAAGCAGGCUGCACGUCUGGCGUCAUCGGUGAAGAAGUCGGUGAAGAGCCUGAUGCGGUUGAUGGUGUACGCAAGCAACGAGGACGAGUAUGAAGAUGCAAAAGGAGCUGUGUUGGAGUUGCUUGGAGGCGAUACAUCACACGAGUUGUACCGCACGUUCAUGGCAAACUGGGACAGUAACCAGGACGAGUGGGUUUCCUACAAGCGCGGCAACACGCCGCACCUGACGAACAACACCAACAAUAGGAUCGAGUCCAAGUGGAGGAAGAUAAAGGAUGUUAUUAACGACUCCUUCACUAUCGACCAACUCCUGUCUACGCUGAUGACGCUGCAGCACUAUGCCGAAGAGCAGUAUCUCGCAGAAUACCAUCGAGUUGGGAGCCGGCCUUCGCGGGAUUCGGAGGACCGCGAGCUGACGCUGCUGGCUUUGCAGGUGAGCCCGUUUGCCUUCGAAUUGGUCGCCAAGCAGCACACCUUGGCAGCCGGUCCGAACGCAGACUACACGGUUGAGCUGAACACACCAGGACGAGCCACUGUCACGAGCCCAAGGUCUGGAGAAGUGCAUGAAGUCAACACGAGGACGAACUCCUGCAACUGUAUCUUCAUGAAGACCUGCUUGCUACCCUGCCGCCACGUGAUGUACGUCCGGAGUACGUCCAACUUCGAAACAGUACUGCCCCCGAUGCACUGUUUUCCUACACGAUGGAUUGUGCAGAGUCCAGAAAACAACAUCGACUGGGGAGAAAUUCCGUGUGGAGGGUUGAAGCAAGGGAGCUGUCCGUCUCGAGCGAAGGAGCGAGCUUUGUCGGGAGCUGCGAUGUACAUCGAAGCCAAGGCAACAACGGAGAAGAUCAUUGCAAGAAUGGCACUUCAAUCUACACCCACAUUUCGGAUCGCGCUGAAGUGGCUUCAGGAUUUCUACGAAGCGCUC